AACUAUAUUUCUAGCUCAAGAAAUUCAGAAAUCCGAGAUGAAAGAUACAAAAAGUAUGAUCUAUCCCAGUUCAAUGCUGUGUUUUGCACCAAAAGAAGCGAAGAGGAAAAAGAAAGCAGGUCCAGCCCAUCUGCAGUGUAUUAACGUGAGGUAUGAUGGUUACGGGCCCGACAGAACUCACGUGCCUCUCCAGAGGAUAUCCUGGAUAAAAUCCUUCCCUAGAUACAUGCCUAGCCAGUACACAUCAGAAGACGUCUUAUCAAAGCCUCAGUGGGCUGAUCCCCCGAUGGACUCCCCUAAAGUACGUGUCCCAGCUUAUAACCAAUUAGAUGGCCCUGUGGAUAGGAGGUCUCACCAUGGAAACUAUAAACUAGACGAGGGUGUACCUAGAAACCCUAGAGGAAGAACCGGCAUGAUAGGUAGAGGAGUGUUAGGAAGAUGGGGACCAAACCACACAGCCACCCCAAUAAUCACCAGAUGGGCCCGGGACAAGACUGGUGCCCUGAGAGAAGUGGAGGGGAAGAGGGUUCUGGAGACAGUUGCCGUCAGAUCACGGACUGGCUGGGCUCUGCCUUGUGAACUUGUAGUUCCUGAAGACAAAUUGGGUUUCGGUACAAGGAGAGCGUUUUUAACGGAACUUGUCCGGAACAAGACAAGAACAGCUGCUGAGGAUGCUAGCAAGUCACUGUCACAGUUGUUUGCGGAGGGAACUGUCAUUUACAGGGGUUAUGUUGACGACGCCAAAAACACGGACAAUGCCUGGCUAGAGACAGUUUCAGUCAACUUCCACGACAACUCCGGAACAAAGUUCGGCUCCUUCAGACUGGCGGAGGACUUCACCUGGGUGGAAGCUCACUUCUCUCUGAAUGUGUUCGCUCAACACAAAGAAUGGUUGAGGGAGGUUGUGGAGUUACACCGGGCUCACUGGUGAGAUACCACUUCUGGCUCACUGCCAAGAGAUGUAUAGCACUAGAUAAUAUCUAGUAUAUACAUCUUGGCAGUGAGCCAAGUAAUAGUAUCUAGUAUAUACCCCUUCUAACUGUGAUGAAACGAACUGCGGAGAUACCGAUACUCGACAACAUUCCUGUUGUGUUGCUAGUAAAAGUGUGAUCAUUACUACACGAGGUUAACUCUCAAGUCUGAGCAGCAAUUUUGCUUUUGACUGCAGGGACUAGAAAUUAUGACUUAAUCUAUUUCUGGGGCGGAGUUUAAGGACGAGUGUUAACUGCCGGAUCACUAUGGAACUCAAAAGAAUAGCUGCAUUGCCCACUUUUGCCUGAGCAUUCGAUGUAAAUGAAAAAUGUCAUGUGCCAUUUAGGCUGAAGGAUGUUAUUAUUUUGUUGGCAGAGAGAAAGCACCGAACAAUGCGAGUAAUCAGCGUUCAGCCGGUUCAGCGAUGGAUAAUUUACAUCCUGAGCAUUCCACAAAUCAUAGCAGCUCAUAACUUAUUUGACGAACUGAGUAGCAAUUAGAGUCCAAAAGAAGCCCUCAUAGAUAUCAAGUUAAACUUAAUGUAGUACUGAAUAUGAACUGGACACUAACUGUACAUGUCAGAUACCCAUUCAUUUGACGAACCCAGUAGCGAUCUAUAUCAUGUAUACUUCAUGGUAAUAAACAUGCAAACACCUUAACAGUUAACAUGCUAAACAUUAUUUAUUAUGUUUCAUUUAAAGUUAUAUUAGGUUUAACUAGUUUUUGAUUUCGAUAAUAUGUUGUUUGUUAAUAAAUACUGUUUAUUUUCUAUUCUACAAAGUUUUGAUACGAACUAAAUGAUAAAUAAUACAGGAAAUUCAAAAGCUUGCAAUCG